GAUAACUAUCAGAAAACCAUUACUAGUUCAGUGUCGUUUGAGUGAGUAAGAUCUGUGACAUAAUGCCUCUCGUUCUCCACAAAAUUGACGGCAGCCCUCCAGUGAGAGCUGUUUUGAUGACCUUAGACAUUCUGGGCCUCGAACCGACAUUUAUAGAAGUUAACACGCUAGCAGGAGAAACCAGAACACCAGAAUUUCUUGCUAAGAACCCUAUGCAUACCGUGCCGCUCUUAGAAGAUGGUGAUUUCAUCCUAUCGGACAGCCAUGCGAUAAAUACAUACUUAGUUUCAAAAUAUGGAGCUGAAAAGCGAGAAAAUUUGUACUCCAGUGAUUUCGCUUUAAGAGCGACUAUCAACCAACGACUUUAUUUCGACGCUGGGAACCUAUUCCCAAAAUUCUUUGCGAUCGUCGUUCAUAUACUGAAAGAAGGUGGGAACGGACCUACUCCUCAGCAUGCAGCAGAUAUCGAAGAAAACUAUGGUAUUUUGGACAAGUAUCUUGAGAAUAGCUCGUUCAUUGCUGGGGAUAGAUUGACGCUGGCCGAUAUAUCCAUUGUGGCGACGGUGUCUACUUUGGACAUCUUCGUGGCUGUCACGGACAAGUUCCCUCAGCUUCAGAAUUGGUUCUCCAGGAUGCAGGAGACGGAGUUCUACCAGAAAGCCAAUGCGCCAGGUCUUGAGCAAAUCAAAGGUUACCUGAAGAUGAAGCUUGAGGGCUCAGCGUAAUUAAUGUUAAGAUAUUUAAUUUAUUUGUUAAUAAAAAUGUGUUAAAAA